GUGCAUCCUGCCUAGGCAGGGUGUACUCCUGGAGUACGAUUUUGGGGGAGUACGCUGUGCCGCCCACAACGGCCUAUCCAUGGAUGGAGACCGCUCACGAAGUGUUGUGGCCCUGCAGUGUUGCGAGUGAUCGCGAGUGGAGGAUCUCGUGAAAUGAGAGCCGCGAGCGUUGCGUUGAGAUCUUUCGUUGGAGAAUCGAACGUAGUGUUAUUCAUGUUACUUCACCAUGAAUUUCUUCGUCCCGACGGGAAUAUCUACAAUCGAUGACGCGUUGCGCGGCGGAAUCCCUUUACCUGGGGUAACUGAGAUUUUUGGCGAGCCAGGUUGUGGGAAAACUAGAAUAUGCAUGGAGAUUUGCAAGAACGCGAUGUUUUCAUCGUCCAUUCGGAAGGGAGGAGUGUCUGCCCUGUUCAUCGACACAGUAUCUACUUUCCGAUGUACAGAAUUUAGAGAAAUGCUGAGAAAUGGAGUGGAACAGUCGAAAUGCAUGCUUUUAUCUCCGACGAACAUGGAUGAAUUGUUAGCUGUCAUUGCUGGCUUGAGAAAAAUCGCUAAGAACAUUCCUAGUCUGGGCGUUGUUGCCAUUGAUUGCUUCGGUCAUCCCUUCCGAUGUUCCAGGAUUUCUUCUGAUCAAAUAGAGCUUGCGAAAAUACUGAACAACGUGCAUCAAGAUUUGCUACAGGCCUCUCGACACUUCGGGUUCGCUGUCGGCAAGUAUGGAAUUUCUUGUUUGAGUAGGGGAAAUGAACGAUUAGUUUUAUUUCCAGUUCUUACGAACCAACUCACGGUUGAUAUGAAAGACGGGUAUGCCACUGUGCCGGCGCUAGGAGAAUCAUGGGGUCAGUGUGCGGGAAUGCGACUUGAGAUUGUUCGCGGGUUGGAUUCUUGUGUUACAGUGAAUUUAUUCAAGUCUCCAUUCGGUGAAGGCGUUCGUUCUAAUCCGUCCGACGCUAAAUGUUCUUAA